AUGGCUCAACUGCCAAUGCGGUUUCCAUGUUGGUGCCGAGCAGUGUAUUCCUGGGGUGGAGAGACUACACGAGAUCUGGGAUUUGUGGAGGGUGACUUGAUUGAAUGCUUGAAUGCAGGCGAUGGACAAUGGUGGAUGGGUCGGUUGCGCCGUGACAGGCGCGCAGUUGGACUGUUCCCGUCCAAUUUUGUCGAGCUUCUGAGUGAAGACUUCGUGCCUGUGAGCCGUGACACUACUAGUCCAAUGGUGCUAGCAGGAUCUUCUCCGAUCAACAACCCCACCUCAGCCCCCAAGAAACAGAAGACCGUCUGGCGGAAACCUUUCCAGGCGCAUAAGGAAGCCGUAUCACCAGCUUCCGUCGCUCGGCGCGCAACCGAAUCUAGCCCAGCGGCACCCGCGAUUCCCCAAACACCACCUCGGGAUGGCGCCAUUCCACGAAGUACGAAGCCAUUGCGCACGCAUGCGUCAGCUGUCAAGAACCAAGGCUCACUAUCUCGACCCCCAUCGUCUGGCUCGCGGUCUUCUUCACGCGGUGUCUCUUCUCGUUCGUCUGCGGAACCUGAACGGUCACCAUCGAUGCCGAGGGGAAGUAUCUCAUCCUCUCGGCCUUCAUCCCGCGAGCAAUCUCCAUUACAAACGCAGGAACGUUCAUAUGCAAUGACGCCGAAGGGCAGCAUUUCAUCCACCCGCCCUUUGUCCCGAAAUCCGUCCCCCUUGCCAGUACACGAGCAUUCAUCUAGCAUGGUUCCACAAGGCAGCAUCUCAUCUUACCGGGCUUCGUCUCGUGAGCCAUCUCCGUUGCAAAUGCAGGAUUAUCCGCCACCGACCAUGCCACAUAGCAGUAUUUCAUCUUACCGGGGCUCUUCGCGCGAGCCCUCCCCAUUGCAAAUGCAAGAAUAUCCGCCACCUACCAUGCCCCAUAGGAGUAGGUCAUCCUAUCAGGCACCAUCGCGAGAGCCAUCUCCAAUGUAUAUGGAUGACCACCCACCUGCAACCAUGCCACAUGGUAGUAUGUCAUCUUACCGUGCUCCAUCGCCAUUACCAAUGCAAGAUCAUUCAUCCGCCAUGGUGCCACAUGGCAGUAUGCCAUCUUACCGAGCUCCAUCGCCAUUGCCAAUGCAAGAUCAUUCAUCCGCCAUAGUGCCGCAUGGCAGUAUGACAUCUUACCGAGCUCCAUCGCCAUUGCCAAUGCAAGAUCAUUCAUCCGCCAUGGUGCCACACGGGCGUAUUCCAUCUUACCAGGCUCCAUCACGCGGGCCAUCUCCGCUGCCAAUGCAGGAUCAUUCUGCGAUUGUUUCACACGGUAGUAUGUACCGGGCUCCAUCCCGUGGACCAUCUCCAUUGUACAUGCAGGAUCAUCCACCUGCGCCCAUGCCACAUGGAAGUAUGUCCUCCUACCGGGCUCAAUCGCCAUUACCAAUGCAGGAACCUUCCUCUGCGCUGGUCUCUCGCGGCAGUAUGUCAUCUUACCGGGUUCCGUCUCGUGAGCCCUCCCCGGUGCAAAUGUUCGAAGAGCGGGAAGACUCUCCUCCUCCCCCUCCACCGCCGCCACACCGAGUCGUAAUCCCUCGUAUGGAAGCCCGCUCUCCCCAGCCACCCAUGCAUUCUCAAACACGAAGUCAUUCACUGUUACCACCAAUGCACUCCUCUCAGCAUCGCGCACGCUCUCCCCAGCCUCCAUCGCACUCUCCGCACCCAUCACGACCCCCCUCGCCAUUAGCGAUGAAUGACCGUUACGCGGUAUUCGAUCGUACCCCGUCCCCUUCUGCAGGCUCAAUGCACUCCGCUGUUUCUGAAACCUCAGCACAGUCAGAUAUUCAUGGAAACACGCCAUCUCCACUGCGAGAUGCUAUGGAGGAUGUUAUGACUUCAUUGGAAGAUAUGGGUCUACCCCGCGAGGCCCAGUCACCUUCUCCGUCUCCAGUGUUCAACAAUCCCUGGUCCCCUGAAGAAUUUGACACUUCGCACGAAAGAACCCCCCAAGGCAACAGACGCCGGCCUUUGACGUCAAUGAGCUUUAAUAGCGACAAAGAGCAACCACAGGGCGGACUCGUCCACCGCAACAGCGUCUAUAGCCACGACCAUAUGGAUGGUCCGCCUCAACUAAACAAUUAUGUCCAAAGAAUGGAGAGCCGUCUACGUCAGUUGGAAGAUCAGAAUCGACCGCCUGAGGAUCGAAGAGCCGUCCAGGAUGAUGACAACGGACCUCCUCCCCCUCCCCCUAAGCAUGCCACUUACCACCCACGAAAUAACUCCAUACCAGGGCAAUAUGCUCCUCUCAAGGCCCGGCGUUCUGGCCAUGAUCUUCGGGGUGAUAUUCUAAACCGGUCAUUUACCAAUAAGUCUAGUGCCACCAAUUCGUCCAGUGGGGUGCAAAGCAAUGGCACAUCCAUGACGACGAGCACAGACAAGACUAGUCAAAGUCUAAUGAGUGGUUUCUCUGCCGGAGGAUUCAGUGCAACGAGUGCGGGGAGCUUUGCUAGACGAGGGGGGCAUGAGAGGCCAAAUACUGCUAUGGACACUGUCCGUUCUCGAGGGUUCAGCGACGCACGCCCGGAGACUCCUUUCACAGGAGUUUCAUAUCACUCCAGUCAUAACUCGUCUCGACAGGGUGCAUCCUCAGCUAUUCCAUGGUCAUCAACCGGUCUGGACUCGACGGAUCAUAGCGGAGUCUUUGGUGGCCUCUCUACGCCAAAGAGCAAAAAGCAAGGGUUUUUCAAAAAGAUAUUUGAAACAGCUAAGACUGGUGCGGCCAGCGCAAGGAGUAGCAUUGCGGUCGGUCACGGCGAGAGAUCAGGUUCUCCAACUAAGAGCAUCAGAGGGAUAGACGCCGUGUCACCGGCUCUUGCGUCUCACUCGAACCGCGAUGGUGGUCGUGAUAUGGGACUCGGAACAGGCGCCAUUGACUGGGUUCAGGUGCGCCGAGACGUUAACCGGGCGUCGUCUCCUAGUCGAAACGAGAGGAUCGACAGGGCAGAACGAUGUCAGAUGAUGGAUCACCCUGUUAUCUACUCCGUGGAAGAGCUGUACGAUACCGCGGAGGGCGAUGAGAGCAUCGAUGGGCAACCAAUCACCGAGCCAACGAAUUUCCACGCGGCCAAUCUUAACCUCGUUGAUAAGAGUGCACGAUUCAUCAGCAGUCUACCUCCUAUGACGAACCCCAUGAGCCUCGCACAAGCCUAUAUCUGUCGUCCCUACAAGAGUGACGUUCAGCGUCUACGGGCCAUCUUUACCUGGGUCAGCGAGAAAAUCUCGUGGGAGGAACCUGUCGACGGCCUCGAAGUCGACAUGAAGAGACUCCUGCAGGCCAAACGAGGUACCCCGGAGGAAAUCGCACUAUUGGUGCACGAGAUGUGCGCAGCCGUUGGCCUGCAUACAGAAAUCAUCCGAGGAUUCCUUAAGAGCCCCGGUGAUGCGCUCGAUCUGGAAAGCCUCUCCCGUCCCAAUCACUGGUGGAACUCUGUUCUAGUGGAUGGCGAAUGGCGCUUUAUGGAUUGCGCACUUGCAAAUCCCACGAACCCUCAACGCAGUAAAUUUGUUUCCAACAACUCUUCCAUAGCAGAGAGCUGGUACUUCCUUACGCGCCCGCUUGAUCUCUGCUACACUCAUGUCCCGCUCUAUCCGGAAGAACAGCACAUCUGCCCGCCAAUUUCACCAGAUGUUCUCCUCUCCCUGCCCACCGUGUGCCCGCCGUACUUCAAGCUUAACGUCCAGAUGCCCGAUUACGACACAAGUUUCCUGCGUAUCGACGGGUUGGAGGUCAUGCAACUACGCAUGAUAGUCCCAACGGAUGUUGAAUGUGCCGCGGAAGUCGAAGCCCCGGGAUUCGCCCGCGACGCAGAUGGUGAUUGCUUCGAGAGCGGAGACAUUGUACGCAAGCGCGCCUUGGUCCAGCCGGACUGGAUCCGCGGCCAAAAACGCAUCACAAUCAAGGCUGUCCUGCCAGGCGACGAAGGCCAAGGUGUGCUGAAGGUUUAUGCAGGCAAGAAGGGGCUGAUGCACUCAAGUCGAGACAUCCCCCAUCCCCUAGCUCUGGCCCUACCAAUGCUCCACACCGGCGAGAAUCCAUCUUACGACUUUGUCCUGCGUCAUCCUACACCCCACGCCCAGCGACACGACUUGUACAUCAUGCAGCCACAGUGCUCUCGCCUAGCAGUCAACAAUACAUUUGUGUUCGCUGUCCGGCAACACGCUGCUGCUCCUGGGUCAGGCAAGGAUGAAUCCUCCAAUGGCCGCGGCUCGCCUUCCUCCGUCUUCACUCGUCCGUCCAGUGCAUUGAGCAUGGGGUCCAGUACAGCGGGCGGCUCGACUGUAUCGGGUGCCUCAAACGAGUUCUCGGCGUCGACCUCGGUCAUUUCGUCGAGCAGAUCUGCUUCUGGUCGGGACAAGGCUGCGAAAUUAGCCAUCCAGUCCCCGUCUGGGAAGAUCCUUCGUCUCACCCGUAAAGCUGAGCACAUGAUCGGCAGUGAUACUGGCACUGCAUCUGUCACUGAUGCUGUCGCUGAGGGCAGUGUUUGGGAGACUGUUAUUAAGAUUGGUGAGCGUGGUAUGUGGCGUGGUUUGGUGCUAGCUGACCGAGCUGCGCGCUGGUGUGUAUUUUGCGAGUGGGAAUGUGUUUAA